AUAGGAUUAAAUGGCAGUAAAAUGAAUACAUCAGGGUCUGAUGGUUCCUUUAACACAGCUAUUCCUUUCCAGCAUAUAAUAAUCAGUGCUGCAAUACUGUGUCUCCUCCCUCCGUGUUCAUUAGAAACUGAGAAAAUGUACAAAGUGGAUUUGCCUGUAGACCCAUCAAUAGAAAACGCUGUGGAAAUGCGAAGGUCUGCAGAAACAGCACGCAAGGCCAGGAUCUUCAACACAAGGCUGCGUGUGUUGGGCCUCGACCUUGAUGCUCUCAACCAACAGGUCCAGGAGAAAAAACAUCAGCAAAACAUGGAGAAACAACGGGACAAAGCUUUUGAUAAGCUGAGAGAAUAUCACGAUGAAGCACUGCUUCAUCAAGACAUUGAUGAAAGAGAGAAGCAAGCAGCUUUGCACACUGACCUGACCCAGUACUGGGCCACUCAUCAACGUGUAGAAGAUUCAAGCGAUGCUGAUCUCAAGUGUGGCCUGAAGGGGGCAUUCUGUAUCACCAUUCCAGAGGCUGAGCUGGGGCCCGCCAGUAUGAAAAUAUUUCCGGGAGAGGAUAUCGGAGAAGAGCAGCGGAGAAGAGAACAAAUGAAAAAGGCAGAGAGAGAUCUGCGAGCACAGAAGGAGGACAAUGAGAGAAGGCUCUUGGGAGACAAGCACCGAGAGAUGCUGGCGAGCAAAGAGCUGGUGCAUCAGGACCGUACGGGGCUUCAGCUACGUGCACUAGAGGAGGAGUGUAAGAAAGCUGCCCGCAUCGCACUCGACAACUACAAUCAAGCUCUGGCUGCAGAGCGGACAGAGACACUGAAGGAGCAGCACAGGAGAGAAGAAAGGGAGAAUCUUGCAGAGAUGCGGCACACUCUGACAUCCGACUUGAUGACAGAGUGUGCAGAGGCAGCGGCGAGAGAGGUGGGAGGAGGGAGGCUGCCACCGGUUCUGGUAGACAGAUGGAAAGGUAUGAGCCCUGUGCAACUGAGCGCCAUCCAAAGGGAGAGAGAAGAACAGCUUAUUGAGAGACAGAGACAACGUGAAGCUGAGAAGAUUCAGGACGCAGCUUGGGAGCUCCAGCUCCUGAAGCUGUCCAGAGAAGCAGAGGAGGAGGAGAGGAGAGCAGAAGAGCUGAGGACAGAGAAGAGGAUUCAGACAGACCGUUACAACAUGCAGCUGGCCAGAGAGCAACAGGCACACCAGGAGUACCUGAACAAGAAGCUGUACACCAACAAACCCAGCAAGGACUACUUCUAUCAAUUCAACACCAGCUCCCGUUGACCACCACACACCGUACACAGGCUUGUCCCUUUGUGACAAUGUGCUAAUAAAAUCUAUUGAUUGUUAUACUCACACUCAAUAUAAAUUGAAUGUUGUUUAAUCAAUACAUCCUGCUCAUUUUGAAGUGAUGCACAUGCAUUGAUUUUUAUCUACAGAUACUGAUAAAACAGAAGAGACCCUUUUUGUUUGUUUGGUUCAGAUUGUUCCACUUAUUUUAUUUUUCAUGUCAUAACACCAGUUAUAGUAGUAGAUUCAUAUUGCAGUUAUAUUGGCGUGUAGUACACGUCCACCCACCUCCUGUCGUUCGCCCAUGAUCCAUAUAGAUACCAUCAGUCCCAUUGUGCACAGCACACAACACAAAGAGUCACAUCUACACCCCGCCGUGACACACACUUCCACUACUUCCUCCCUUCUUCUCUCCCUUUUUUUCGCUUACCCCUCCCCUCCCACUCAGGCAUUGUUGUUUAAAAUCAGUCCGUUUUUUUCUGAGUUCUGAAGAACCUUCUGAAAAUGAACCAGUUCUCUCUUUUUACACAUUAAAAAAGGGGGGAAAACAACAGUGGAAAAGCAAAGACCAGUGUCCUCAGCCUUCCCCUCGACACAUGAAAAGCAAAGAGUGAGUGGCAGUCGAGUGAGUAUCUGUGUGUGUACACUCAUUCCUCAUUCAAAGCUAACGUUUGCCCCGAACACUGACAAACACAGAUGUUUAGCAGCAGAUAGUUAAGUCAGAAUAUUGGCAUAUUUUGCGCCAUUCAUCGCUCCUGUAUGAAAAUAGUUUUUCAAAAGCUUUUUUUGUCCUGAGUGUGUCAGUGGAACCAACAACAGGGAGCUUACACACACCUCCUUCAGUGUCACUAGCCUGUUAAGACAUCCCAUACACUUUACCACAGGGGUUGUCAGGUGGAGUUUGGCCAGUGUGAAGCUUUUUAUUUAAAUAGGGAGAAGUGAGGCAGCAAGGUUGCACAUAGAUACUCCCUGUGGUAUGCACAAACCAGCUCACUGUAUCCCCGCCUCUCAUAGCUGCAUCAGACAAAAACUCCACAGAUAUUCACUGCGCUGCAAUUCAUUGCAAGAUGGUUAUGGACAUGAAUGCAUAUAGCUUUCAUUUUAAUGGAACUACUACUUUCACUAAGUGCAACUAAUGGACAUUUUUUUGAGUUUUGAAAUGUUUGCAUUGUUUUUUGUUUUUUUUUACCUUUUUGAUUUUUUUCCUGUCAACAAAUUUUUGCUAAAACAGCCAGAUAUCACUGCGACCAGUUGUCAUUAAUGGAAAGUUUUUAUAGCAAUAGUAAAUAUAGUAAAAUAUUUUAUAGCAAUAGUACAAAAGAGGAAAAAUGACAACUUGCAAUAAUUAAAAUUAAGUUAAGUGGUUUCAAACUUUUUAUCACAUUUUUAUAUCAAACACAGUUGGGUUCAUCAAAACAAUCUUAUAAGGGUAUUUACAUUCUGUGGAGAAAAAAACAGUUAUACUCAAAACCACUCCAGUACUUUGUAUCUCAGAUUGUUUUUAAUCAGUAGCAUGUAAAUACAAUGUCUGCCCAGCUCUGAAAAUAAUACAUUCUCUGUGUUUGAUGUAAAUACCAACUGCUUGCUUUUAUUAUACAUCAACUGGCAAUCAUUCCGCCUGUCUGCAAUAUCAACUUGCAUUGAUGAAGGUCUGAAAAUAAAACAUGAGUGUUUGCCCACAAGACUCCACUCUCUGAUCUGUACAUAUACAUAAAUACUGCUCCUCAAACGGUUUGUGAAAUAUGAGAUGGACAGGUCUGAAAAGUUGUUAAUUAGAGACGACAAUGUUUUUAAUACAGUGUAGAAAGAGACACAGACAGAUACAGAAAGCUACACA